AUGGCUCACUUCCCCAAGACAUCCCGGCCCAAGCCUCCACCGCCGGGCAACGAAGAAGCCAGCACAGUCCUCAACCUGGGCGAGUUCCAGGAUGUCGAAACCCUCACGCUCUCCGAAGCAUCACUUGUGUUGAAUGCGAUUGUCCAGCGCAGACGCGAGCGCGCAGCCAAGGUCCGACCUGACGGCGCGCCACAGAUGAAUCUGAACGAGACUGAGAUGUUGCACACGACGCUGCAAUAUCUGGACCACUUUUCGCGGUUCACUAGAAAGGAGAAUGUCGAAGCUGUCGAGCGAUUGCUCCGGUCGCAUCGGGAGCUGGAGAAGUUUGAGCGCGCCCAGCUUGGCUCAUUAUGUUGCGAGAACGCGGACGAAGCCAAGACGCUCAUUCCGUCAUUGCAGGACAAGAUUGACGAUGCCGAUUUGCAGGACCUCCUUGACGAGAUCACGAAGCUACAAACGAAGUGA